AUGGCGUCCAGGGAAUCUGGUAGAGUAAAAGACGCGGAGAAGAAGAGGGUUUUAGAUGACGCGGCAAGGAAAAGACGCGCUCGGAAAGCAGUGGAGGCUCUCGAACAGGACAACUUUCAUGAAGAUCCUCACGCCGACCUGGUUAUGUCAAAAAAAGUACCCAAAUUUGCAGAUUCCAAUGAGAAACCGACGAGAAAGAAAAAAUCGAAAAGUGCAGAGUAUUAUAAGAUGAGAUUCAGGAAAACAUUUGCCCAAUUAGUUGAAGAGGAUGCUAGUUAUAGGCCAGAUCCUCCAAAUUAUUUGUCAGCCCAAGCACCACCUUCUAAAUUUCCAGAUAGACACUUCUGUGCUGUAUGUGGUUUUCCGUCAAAUUACACCUGUAUUCCUUGUGGAGCGCGAUAUUGCUGCGUAAGAUGUCUCGGCACCCACUUGGACACAAGAUGCCUUAAAUGGACUGCAUAAAAUUUCAAAUAAAUAUUUUUUUCAA